UUGACGUUAUCGAGACUAUCCACUGGUCAAAUGAUAAACAAAUGGCAUUUGAUGAGAAAAGUGGCAUUGUGCCCUGCAUAACUGAAUGGGGUCGAUGGUGGCAGACUAUAGAAGAGGUCUAUGUUGAAAUUGAUGUACCUGAACGUUGCUCGUCAAGGGAAAUCAAAUGCAUCAUCAAGACAAAGCAUUUAUUCCUAACUGUUAAAGAAAAAAGCUUGAUAAAAGGUGAUCUUUUCGAAGAAGUUCGUGCAGGUGAUUCGCUUUGGACACUAGAGGACAAGAAACUUAUUCGAAUUGCACUGUCUAAAGCCAAGCCGUCUCUAAAUCACUGCUGGAAAUCACUGUUGGUGGAUCAAUAUGAAGCUGAUCCAAUGACAUACGAUGAAAUGGAGAAAAAGUUAACACUGGAGCGCUUUCAGUCUGAGAAUCCUGGAUUUGAUUUUAGUGAUGCUCAAGUGUCUGGGAACUACCAUGGAGGUGGACCAGUGAUGCACUGAAAUCACACAUCAGAACCGAGAGACUUUGAAAAAUCAAUGUUAUGUGAAAAUGGCUUCAUUUGGUGCCCAAGUAACUUUCUUAGCAGCAUUCACUCAAGCUGUUACUCUUUCAAAAUACAAACUUUACAUACACUUGUUCUGUCGAAUCCAUCUGACGGUGAACCACACAUGCAUUGUGCUGUUGAAUCCAUCUGACAGUGAACCUCACAUGCAUUGUGCUGUCAAAUCCAUCUGACAGUGAAUCUCACAUACAUUGUGCUGGCAAAUCCAUCUGACAGUGAACCUCACAUACAUUGUGCUGGCAAAUCCAUCUGACAGUGAAUCUCACAUACAUUGCGCUGGCAAAUCCAUCUGACAGUGAAUCUCACAUACAUUGUGCUGGCAAAUCCAUCUGAUAGUGAACCUCACAUGCAUUGUGCUGUCGAAUUCAUAUGACAAAGAAGCUGACAUACAUUGUGCUGUCAAAUCCAUCUGACAGUGAAUCUCACAUACAUUGUGCUGGCAAAUCCAUCUGACAGUGAAUCUCACAUACAUUGUGCUGGCAAAUCCAUCUGACAGUGAAUCUCACAUUCAUUGUGCUGGCAAAUCCAUCUGACAAUCAAUCUCACAUACAUUGUGCUGUCGAAUCCAUAUGACAAAGAACCUCACAUACAUUGUGCUGUCAAAUCCAUCUGACAGUGAAUCUCACAUACAUUGUGCUGUCAAAUCCAUCUGACAAUGAACCUGACAUACAUUGUACUGGCUAAUACAUAUGACAGUGAACCUCACAUGCAUUGUGCUGUCGAAUCCAUAUGACAAAGAACCUGACGUACAUUGUGCUAAAGAAUCCAUCUGACAAAGUAUUUUACAAAUUGUAACAGUAAUUUAAAUGAUAGUUCUGUCAACAAAAACCACUGACUGUCAUAAGUGAUGUGGAUUUUGUUUUGGACAUCAUCUUUUAUACUGCUUUAGAUGUUAUGAUUACGAGUUGUGGUAUAUUUGUGAAUAUUCAUUAUUUUUGUAUAAAAAACAUUAAAU